AUGGCAAAGUCGCCCAAGUCUCCCAAAUCGCCUGUCUCGCCUACGCAGGGGGUAUCAAUAGAGGGCAGUCAGCAACAGCAAGCAGCGCCCUCGGACGGCAUCCUCCCAGCUGCGCACUGGCAAGAGGUUGCCGAACAAGAAGGCGACGAUUACGACGAUGAUGGCGACUCUGCCCUUGGUUCAGAUGCGGACAGCUCAACCGCGUCGAUAACUUCGACUAUCCUGCAGUAUAGAGAGAUUAAUGGACGCAGAUUUCACAGCGAAAUGGGCUCUGUUCAGUAUUGGCAGUCCAACGAUGAGGCAGCUAGCGAAUCACUUGAUAUCAACCACCAUGCUAUUUGCAUGGCAAUGAGAGAUAGGCUGUAUCUAGCUCCCCUCGAAAAAGACAAGAUUAAAAGAGCACUUGAUGUAGGCACUGGAACAGGCAUAUGGGCUAUCGACUUUGCCGAUGAAUUUCCCGAUGCUCAAGUCAUAGGCACAGACAUUUCUCCAAUUCAGCCGACUUGGGUGCCUGCGAAUCUCCAGUUUGAGAUUGAAGACUGUACUCAAGACUGGACAUUUCGCAGCGAGCAUUUUGACUAUGUCCACAUAAGAUGGCUCCUGGGCAGCAUUCAAGACUGGGACGCCCUGAUGCGACAAGCAUAUCGCGUGCUGCGCCCGGGCGCAUAUUUUGAGAUAUUGGAGCCGUCAGCCAUCAUUACGAGCGAUGAUGGGACUGUGACAGAGACAAGCGCCUUGGGACAAUGGGGCAAGUUUUUUAUCAACGGUGGUAAACAGAUUGGAAGGAGUUUCACUGUGGUUGAAGACGAGACACAGAGAAAAUCGAUGGAGGCGGCUGGUUUUGUCGAUAUUCAGGAAUUUAAUUACAAGAUGCCAAUAGGAGGUUGGGCCAGAGACCCCAAGAUGAAGGAACUCGGCCAGUUUGCGCAACUAGUCAUUGAAAAGGACACUGAGGGCUACAUUGUUUUCAUGGCAAACACACUCGGAUGGACUCGAGAAGAAAUCUUGGUUUACAUCAGCCUGCUGCGGCGGGAAAUCCGGUCGAACAACUCUCAUGCAUAUUACAAGUUCAAGGCGGUUUACGGAAGGAAGCCACUCAAUGAAGAGAAGAAUUAA